CUAUUGUUGAAGAUUAUGGAGGAUGAAAGAUUAAUAGUGGCAAUUCAAAAGAUGAUUGAUCAUCGUAUAUCAAGUUUACCAAUAAUUGAUGGCGAAGGUCGAGUGGUCGAUGUUAUUUCUAAAGCUGAUCUCGCUUAUAAUCUCAAAUUUAUUAACAUCACCGAUAUUCAGGUGAUUUUUAAAUUUUAUGAUUUAUUCUUGUUAUCGACUAUAAUAGCAAUCAACAUUCAGGAAUACUUCCAUCGGCAAAGAGUAACAGAAUGCAUAUCCCAUCGGCAACCAACGAUAUUCCCAUCCGCAGAUCACACUGUCGGUUCCAUACUCGACAUCGUAUUGAAUAAUCGCGCUAAAUGCAUAUUUGUGACGGAUUCAGCCAAGCAUUUACUUGCUGCUAUUUCACUUUCUGAUUUCAUAUCAUAUAUACUUUGCCAUGAAGAAGUUCCUGAUACUACAGUCUGA